AUGGCCCUUAGCCGUCGCGACCUUGUUCUGGCGGGCGUCGGUGUUUUCAUUGCCUGGGGCUUUGUGGUUCACUGGCUGCCGAUUCUCCGAUAUCUAGGAUAUGCCGUGACCUUGGGCGCCGUGUUGACGUCUGUGGGUCUAUUGGGUCUUGUCCUUUUGACGAUCCGACAACACAAUGGAAAGUCCAAUACCACCAAGAAGGUCUCGGUGGCUUUCAUACAGCCCAAUAAUUGGCGAAAGGAAGUGCUCAAUGUCCGCAGAAGCACUCGAUACCGACCCCGACCACUAUACCCUCAAUCGUUCGUCGUGUCGGAAGGUAUCGAUGAACUCUUAUCCUUCAUUACUCGAGACUUUGUCUCAUCGUGGUACCACAAUAUCAGUCCGAACCCCACAUUUGCCAAUGAGAUCGAUCGAACUAUCCGUGUUGCUCUUGAAAACUUCCGGGAUAGGUUGGUUGCAGAGGAUCUGGUCUCUCUGGUAGUAUCGCGAGUUUUUCCUAUCUUGACAACACAUCUUAAGGAAUUUGACGUUGCUGAGCGUUCAGUUCGGGGGCGCAACUUGAACCGAAAUGUGACAGAGUCUGAGGAACUAGAUCUUGCCGUUGCAAACAAGUACCGCGAAGGUCGUUUACACCCAGCAGUUGCACUUUCAUUAUCAGACCAAAAGUCUGUUCAGCAAGAGUACCUACGAAAGAUAGCUGUGGGUCUUUUGCCUCAGUUGUUCCCUGAAAGCGUGUUGAAAUGCCGAAUUGUAUCCGUUUUGGUUCGCGAAAUAAUAUCCUGUGCCGUUCUUCUCCCUAUAGUCACAGCCCUAUCAGAUCCAGACACUUGGAACCAGUUGGUGGAAGCUUAUGGCCGCACAGCUCUGCAGGAUCGGAAGACUGUUCGCAAGCUACGUGCCGCUCUGGAUCAACAUGCAUCGCCUGCACCGAAGUCUAAACGGGGACAGCCAUUCCCCCGACUAUCUGCAAAUGACUCAGAACGAGCCUUUGAAAGAUUCGUAAGAGCAAUCAGGAAAUGUAACAAUCUCUCUGAUGCACGCCGCUUCCGUGCCCUUGUUACCAGUCAAUUGAAGCGAGAAAGCACAGUUGAUGGACAAGAUCAAGUCUUUUUGAGACGUCUGGAAACCGGCAAAAGAAUGCUUGACCAGAAAGUGGCAAAUCUUGCUCAACCUGGUGGGAGAUCCCACGUCCCUCCGGCUCUUGAUCUUCGACCCGAGAAGCCACUUUCCACCCAUGAACAACCACUGGUGGAUGUGAUGCAUAAUGCAUCAGGCCUUUCCUAUUUCAUGGAGUUCAUGGAUAGACAAAAAUUGAUGUCCCUUGUCCAGUUCUGGAUCGUUGUCGAUGGGUUCCGUAACCCUUUGGAAGAUGACUUUGGAGACGUAGCUUCACCUACCACAGUGACCUGGAAAGCAGCAGACAGGAAUGAUCUGGCGCUCAUCAGUGAAACCUAUCUCUCAAAACCAGAGCUCAAGGUCUCUGACGAAUCUCGCCGAGCAGUCAAAGCAUUCUUAGGCGCAGGGAAGCGUGCGACCUCGGAACAAUACCGCAAAGCACGAAUGGUGGUGUUGACCACCCAGUCUGCUGUCUUGGAGCACCUUCAAGAGGUUCAUUAUCCGAAGUUCAAAGAGUCUGAUCUAUACUGGAAGUAUCUUGCAUCCGAUGAAGCCGCCAAUGCUCAGGCACCGGUUCACCAGUCUUCUCCGAUAUCAGUUACUUUUGAAAAACCAGAGAGGCGACCUCUUCCUCCUUUGUUAACACGAACCUCCUCUCAACCGGGAAUGAGGCCUUCCAAGGAUCUUCGCCGAGCUGCUGUCUCGUCUAGUGAUGUAAGAGGCAUGGGGAAAUUGUUCGAUGAUGAGGAUUCACCCCGAAGAUCGAUAGAUUCAGAACGGUCUGCUCCUCUUUUUGAUGAUGAAUAUGACACGGAUAAUCUUGCUACAUCCACCUACAGCCUGGGUAAGGAUUCUCAGAAUGGCGAGAAUGAUGCCAGCCAAAGCCAGGUCCUUGAAACAAUGGAGGCGGCGCUGAAUGAUAUCAUCACCAAUGAACCGAAAAACGGAAAGAUAGAAGAUCUCAAAGGAGAUUCUUCUGGAUUGUUCGGACCAGAGCGUCCUGCCGUUUCCCCUCACAAUUCUUCCGAAUUUCCUCAAAUGGAAAGUCGCGGCAACGAAAAGAUGAGAAAAAGUAUCGCGUCGCUUGGCCUAGUUGACCAUGCAUCCCGCAUGGGUGUAUUUGAUGAUGAUUUGUUCCCGGAUCAGCAGAAAUUCAUCGAGGAUGAAUACGAAGAGCCAGAAGGCGCCGACGAAAAGGAUCCAGCCGAUGAAGUUCACGAAGCUGCACCGGGUGACCUAGGUCUGACGGAAGCUAUCGAGGCGCUCUCUGUGGACAUUGACAAGCUUGCGUCCCAAGAUUCUGUGGUUGAAGCAUUGACUCGCAAGGCUGAAUUGACAAACAACACAGCCGAAUUGAGGAUUCUACGGAAGUCCAAGGCUAGCCUCCAGCGUGAAAUGCAUCGAAAGGAAAUGCAAAGGCAGCAGUACAUUCUUCAGGAAAGCGAUAACAGCUUGUUUGGGCGAUCUACUGUCAGCCUCAAGUCUACUGUUGUGGGCAAAGAGGAAGACGAUGGUCGUGAAUUUGCAAUGUACGUCGUGGAAGUCCAAAGAAAUGCCGGUGAACAAAUGCCUGCAGCAUCCUGGGUUGUAGCACGGCGAUACAGCGAGUUCCACGAUCUCCACCAAAAGCUUCGCCAACGUUAUCCUUCAGUGCGACACUUGGAAUUCCCUCGCCGGCGCGUCGUCAUGAAACUCCAAAAAGAGUUCCUCCACAAACGGCGACUCGCCCUGGAAUCAUAUCUACGAAACCUCCUCCUCCUACCCGAAGUCUGCCGCAGCCGUGAUCUAAGAGCAUUCCUAUCUCAACGCGCAAUUCUCCCACACAAAGAGAACGCCACCCGCGACAACGAAGGCGAAACAAAAGACCUAGUCACACGCAUCUACAAUUCCGUCGCAGACGGAAUGGACGACUUCCUCGGCAACUUCGGCGUCCUAGAUCAACUCUCAACGGCAGGCCAGAACCUCAUCUCAGCCGCAACCCAGCAAACAAAUAGCACCGUAACCCCAGAGUCGAGUCUCGCAACCGAAGAUGCAGUUACAGCAGCCGAAGCAGAGGCAGAACUGAAUGCCUUUGAAGAUCGCGAACUCGAGCCCUUCAUCAAACCAAUCUGUGACCUCUUCCUCGAAGCCUUCGAGUUAAACCGAGGCAACAACUGGCUGCGCGGUCGUGCCGUCGUCGUCGUGCUGCACCAACUCCUUGGCGGGACUAUAGAGCGCAAGGUCCGCGAAGGCGCUCGCGGGUUAACACAGGAUGACUCGCUUUUGCGGUAUCUCGCGCUCGUUCGUGAUACAAUGUGGCCUGGUGGUGUUCUUCGCAAAGCCCCACCACGCUCAGCUAGCGAUCGACUCAAGAGUCGUGCUGAGGCGACGGUCGUCUUGGCUACUCUUAUUCCAGACUUGGCUGGCAAUGUGGUUGGUAGAGCGAAUGCUCAGGCUGCUGCACGACGGACCUUCGCUACGCUCAAUAAUCAACCUCUGAAUACUCAUCUGGUGUUUACGAUGCUCGAUGAGAUUGUGCAGGUCCUAUGCAGUGCUAAUCCUAGCCGUCCUCGCUGA